AUGCUCCAACUAGACGUAUCAAACGCCUUUCUCCACAGCGACCUCCCGGACAAAGUCUACAUGCGUCAACCUCCCGGCUUUGAAGACUCCAAUCAUCCGGACGCUGUCUGCCACUUACACAAAUCACUCUACGGUCUCAAGCAGGCUCCCCGUCAGUGGUUUCAGAAACUUACAACCGCUCUUCAAGCUCGUGGGUUCAGGUUUAGUCGUUCCGAUCCAUCUCUACUAAUCUACACCAAAUUACAUAUUCAAAUUUACCUCCUAAUAUACGUUGAUGACAUCAUUGUAACAGGAAAUGAUCAAUCGCAAAUUCAGCUUCUUCUUUGCGAUCUCAAAUCCCAGUUCGCUUUAAAACAACUGGGUCAAAUUUGUCUGUUCUUAGGCAUACAAAUUACCCGCUCUCACAAUGGUUUCUUUCUCAUCCAGGGUCAUUAUGCACAGAAUCUGCUACUUGAAGCUGGCCUUUCCAGCUGCAAAUCCGCCAUCACACCAAUCACUCCAACAUCCAAGCAUCUAACGGACAACAACAAACCGUUCCAUGACACUUUCCUGUAUCGCCGACUCGCAGGAUCGUUACAGUACCUAUCAAUUACACGGCCGGACAUAGCAUUCGCCACAAAUCAGGUGUGUCAAAACAUGCAACGUCCCACCGACCGUAACUUCCAGCAACUAAAACGAAUACUUCGCUACGUCAAAGGGACCAUCUCCUACGGUCUUCCGAUCAUGACCGGCGACACCACUCUCCGCACCUACACUGACGCCGACUGGGCAUCCGACAUCACCGACCGCAAAUCUGUCUCCGGGUUCUGUACUUUCAUGGGGCCAAAUCUCAUAUCCUGGUCGGUCAAGAAGCAUGUCACAGUAGCAAAAUCCUCCACCGAGGCAGAGUAUCGAGCGCUGUCCGCCGCCAAUUCCGAAGUUCUCUGGCUUCGGCGUCUUGCGGAAAAACUUCAAAUGCCUCAAACUUCGCCGACUACCAUACACUGCGACAACAUCUCUGCCAUAGCCAUCGCCAAGAAUUCAGUUUUUCACGCCCGUACAAAGCUCAUUGAGAUCGAUUUCCAGUUCAUUCGCCAACAAAUAUACACCGGGAACAUAAACAUACAACACAUCUCGUCUCACGAACAGAUAGCCGACAUCUUGACUAAACCGUUCUCCAGCUCACGGUUUGAAUAUCUCUGCUCCAAAUUAUCCAUUCGCCCACCGAAUGCAUAA